CAGUUUGGAGAUGAGGAACACAACCAUUCUCAUGCUGAUGCUCACAGCAUGCUUGGUGCUUUGCAGUGGUGCUCCUGCAACUCCCACAAUGGAUCAGGAGACAGCUGAGGAAUAUCUGAAGCAGUUUUUCUCAGAGCACAAAACUCCGUCUAAGAGGUUAGAAAGUGGAAGACUAAUGAAAAUGCAGGACUUUAAGACAGUAUUGAAGAAAAUGCAGGAGUUCUUUGGGCUCCAGGUGACAGGCAAACUGGACACGAACACCAUCGAGGUGAUGCAGAAGCCACGCUGCGGUGUUUCUGAUGUUUCAAAUUACGAACAUUUCAGUGGCAAACCCAAGUGGGAUAAGCAGACCAUUACAUACAGAAUUACUGAAUACACACCAGAUCUGAGUCAGGGUGAAGUGGAUACCACGAUUGCCCAGGCUUUCAAACUCUACAGCGAUGUCACUCCACUCGUCUUUAAGCAGAUCUACAGUGGCACGGCAGACAUCAUGAUUCUUUUUAAAGCGAGAAAUCAUGGAGAUUUUUACCCAUUUGAUGGACAGGGUGGUGUUCUGGCUCAUGCCAUGUCUCCAGGUCAAGGUGAAGGUGGUGAUGCCCACUUUGAUGAGGAUGAAAAAUGGACUCUGAGCUCAGCAGGUAUGAACUUGCUCUUGGUGGCUGCCCAUGAGUUUGGCCAUGCGCUUGGACUGGAUCACUCACAAGAUCCCUCUGCUCUCAUGUACCCUACAUACAAAUACGUCAACACUCACGGAUAUCAGCUGCCUAUGGACGAUAAGAGAGGAAUCCAAGCUCUAUAUGGUGCUGGUCAACCACCCAAACCUCAGCCACAGCCUCAACCAAAUCCACCAGAACGAUGCAAUCGUGACUUGGUGUUUGAUGCUGCAACCAGCAUAAGAGGAGAGCUUUACUUUUUCAAAAAUAACUAUUACUGGAAGAAAAGCACCCUGCUGAAAGGAAUUCCCCAGACGCUAAUCAAAACCACAUGGCCCUCCAUCACGUCUGUUGAUGCAGCUUAUGAAAUCAGAUCAAAAAGGAUCAGUUUCUUUUUCAAAGGUCAGAACUACUGGGGCGUAACAGCAACCGCCAUUUUACCCGGAUAUCCAAAGCACAUUUCACAGUUUGGCUUUCCAGCUUCAGUCACAAAUAUUGAUGCUGCAGUGCACAUUGGCUCAACCAGACGCACUUUGUUCUUUACUGGUGAAAAAUAUUGGAGCUUUAAUGAGAACACCAGAGAAAUGGAGGCCGGUUUCCCCAAACCCAUUCGCAUAGAUUUCCCAGGAAUCGGCUUCAAAGUGGAUGCUGCUUUUGAAAACUAUGGUUUUCUGUAUUUCUCUGAUGGAGCCAGACAAACAGAAUACAUCUACAGGACCAAAAGUGUGAACCGUAUGCUGCUGAAUUAUGCAUGGCUGAACUGCUACUAAGCAAAAUAUCAUAUUUAUUUUGAUAUUAUGAUGUGUUUGCUAUGACUAUAACUGGAUAUCUAUAGAACUUAUCUAUAUCUAUCUGCAAAUAUAUGAGCUGUAUGAGGAUAUUUUGUAUGACAAUAUAAACUUAAUGAGACUUUAAGUGGCGGUGAGUAAUUUUCAGUUUUUUCCUCUGUGUUAGAGACCAGAUCCAGUAAGUACAUAGUGCACUAUAUUUGGAUUUUUUUUUUAACCAUUUCAUAUCUGAAACACAUAGUGAACUUGUGAAAUUUGUAAUUAUAUACAGCAGUAUGUUACUAUCUAACAGGGACAAAUAGAUACUGAAUAACUAAAGUCAGUGGGCCACCAUUUCAGAUAUGGUAAUGAAACACUAGUGGUUCUUAGCAGCUAUGAAAAACAGGUGGACCUUAUAUAAUUAAAUAAUAAAAAUCAAUUUCAGAAUUUUCUAAUUCAAAGAACUUUUACAAUAUUUAUUGAAAUGGAGUUGUGUGUUCCACACGAUGCAGCCUCAGAUGACACACAUGAAAACUUUACUGAUAACUAUGUUCAAAAUAGAGAUAUUAAAACCGAUAAAAUGUAUUUGUCCAACAUGUCCGAUAUUAAUUUGAUGUCUCACAUUGUUCCAAUACUUUCAGCCACAAUAUAAAAGUAUAUAGCAUCCAUCAUAUGGUAAUUUACAUUGCCUAGCCAUCAAGUACUCAUUUACAUUUAAUUUACAUUUUUAUAAUGGCUUUUGGUUCAUGUUACUGUAAGAACAAUCGCUCGUCUUAAUUGCUCGACUUUGCAUUGUGAGGCUUGAAUGUCCUUCAAGAUGACCUCUAAUUCCAACUGUUAAUCAUUUGUAUUUUAAUUACAAUUCAGUUCAUGUUCAUUUUUUGUAAAUUUUAAUUUAGAGAGCCAGAUGACUUCUAAAAGUAGCUGCUCAUGCUCACAGAGUUUCACUACACGCUGUACCCUGAAUAAACUAUCUAUAUAAAAACUAAUAAUUUAUUUUUUAAGUUUUUUAAGUUUUAUAUUUUUUAAGUUUUUAGCAGGUGUAAACAUAUAUUAAUGAAAAGGUUUAUAGCAAUUAGCAGACACUCUUAUUUAGCACGAUAUGCGGAAGUGCUUUGCAGUCUUUAUAUCGACCCCUAGGUGGUCGGCGGCGGUACUGCAGGGGGUCCGCUAAUUAAAGCAAUAGUUCUCAAAGUGUGUGUCGCGGCCCCCUAGUGGGAAAUAAAGAAAUGACAUGUGGGGCGCAGUGAACAUCAGUAUUUAUAUAAUUUUGUUUGUUUAUUAUUAAUCUUCAUUUAAUUAUUUUUUUCUAUUAAUAAUAAAGUUCAUACACUUAAAGCAACCACAAACAAACAAUGAGGCCAUUAAUGCAAAUACGUUAAUACAUUAGUUUGGGUACCUAAAACAAAAACAUUUAUUUUCUUUAUUUAUUUGUUUUAUUGAUGUAGAACUUGAUAUUUCAAUAAACAUUUUUAAAAAUUAUAUCAUUACCAUUUUUUGGAAUGAUGAUGGACAAGUGGGGCUUGAAAAUCCAUCCCCCUCCAAAAAGGAAAUGGCAGAAAGAGGUUUGAGAACCACUGGAUUAAAGUCACAUUUGUCACAUCUUUUGAUUAUAGAAUGUAGAUGAUAUUUAAGAUUUACAAUAUUAACAAUGCUAUGUUAAGGAACAUUAUUCUGAAAUUGUUCCACAAUUUGUGUAUAUACAAGAAGUGUGACUUGGACUGGAAAUAUAUAAAAUCCUGUACUAAAGAACCUAAACAUAAGUGCUGUAAUGUAUUUAAGAAUAUAU